AUGAAACUGAAAGCUUUGCUGUGUUGUGAGUGGAGCUACAUCCAAAUCAUAUCAUCUGUUUUUGGAUGUAUCGCCUACGUCAUUAGAAACCUCUCAAUUACGGUGUUGACAAUACACGCUGGCUAUGGCACUUCGAUGUAUGCCAUCAGUGGCUUCUUUAUCUGGAUAAGACUUCUUUCUUUCUACAGAUGCAGUCGCAAACUGGGUCCACUCUGGAUCAUGCUGCGCAAAAUGAUGCACGAGGCACUGGGCUUCAUGCUCAUUUUCAGCACCAUAAGCAUCGCAGCCGGCAUUUCCAUGCAAAGUCUCAUGGACGUGUAUGGCUACGAGGACCAGUACUCUUCUGGAAUCCAGUGGCUAUGGCUCCGCCCUUUUUUCAUGUUCACGGGGGAGAACUUCCUCAAAACAGUGGGAUCAACAGAGAGAGACGACAAUUUCAUCGUCUGCUAUUCGAUUGUUUGCAUUGUCUUUUUUCUUCUGGGCAACGCACUCAUGCUCAAUCUUCUGCUGGCCAUUUUCUCCGAGAUUUUCAAGAAUGUGUUCAUGCAUUCUGACCGCGAAUUCAAAACGGAGUUUUUGAUGCUGAUAAGAGAAUACUCGUCCAAAACAACACUACCAGUUCCAUUGAUGCUGUUCGAACUAAGCUACAGCAUCCUUGUUAAUUUAACCAGCAGGAUCAAUUCAUCUGAUAUCCUGAGCAACCAGAAACGAAGUUCUAAUUUUCGGCUAGAAGAGGUCCAGAUUAUGCAAUACUUUGAAAAUCAUAGUUCGAGCAAAAUGUUGUCAAGGAUUGAAAAAAGACUUGAUAAUGACGCAAUUGUUAGUUAUGCUUUGAGGAGUAUCGACGAGCAACAAGGCAGAUUAGCCGAUUUGAAAAUAGUUUUUGAAGCUGUCGAAAGACAAUUAGAUAACCGGUUUGUAAGUUUAGAAAAAACAAGUAUGAUAGCAGAAAGUUAUGAUUGA